GCGCUGGGUCCCCCCCGCGCCGAGCGGGGGCCGGGCCGGGCGGGAGCGGCCGCGCUGGGCGGGAGCGGCGGCGGCGGCGGCGGCGGCUCGGCCCCGGGUGCCCCAGGGCCGCCUGGAGCCGGAGGCUUCCCCGCGGCUCCUGCCGAGCGCCGAGCAUCCUUCCCCCGGCAGCCGGGCUGGCACCGGCACCGGCACCGGGAUCAGCAUCAACACCAGCACCAGCAUCACCCCCGGCAUCGACAUCACCCCCGGCACCGGCACCGGCACCGGCACCGGCACCGACAUCACCCCCGGCACCGGCACCGACACCGACAUCACCCCCGGCACCGACAUCACCGGUACCGAAAUCCCCGGCACCGCCGGCACCGACAUCCCCAUCACCCCCGGCACCGCCGGCACCGGCAGCAGCACCGGCAGCAGCACCCUCGGUGUCACCGUCAGCACCGGCCUCGGCCCCGGGCUCGCCGCUGGCACCAGGUCGGAGGGGACGCAGCCGGGACUGAUCCCUGUUCCUGUGGUGUCCCUCCCUCGCCUGGGCACGGGGCAGGAGCGGUGCCAGGCCAGGCUGGAGGGUGCCCGGGUUAGCAUGACCGAGGUGGAACCCGUGCUGGAUUUCGCAUCCUCCGGCAGGACGGGCCGGCGCAAUGCCCUGCCCGACAUCCUGGGCUCGCCCGCCGGCGUCAGCCCCGCAGACCUGCCCCUCAAACUGGCCGAGAUGUCCCUGAGCGCAGGCAGUGCCCAGGACAUGCAGUCACCCUCGGCGGAGGUGCCCCCUCCGCAGCCCCCCAGCCCCGAGCUGAAGGACACGUCCUAACCCCGCCCGGGGGGGACAUUUGUGAGCGGCGGAGGAAGGAGGAGGAGGCUGCGGAGCACCAGCCCGGCUUUCCUGGCACUGCCGGAGGCCGCCGGGAUUCCCUCGGUGCUGCCGCAGCGAGACCCUGGAGCGUCCCCCGGGCGCGGGGGAGCCGCGCGUGGCGGGGACGUGCGGGGACACGGAGGGGACCUGCCGUGAGCAAGGGCCGGUCCCCAGCCGCGCCCUGCGCCAGGACUCGGGGGGGCGGGAAUGCUUUUGCCUCCCCGGGGGGAGGAAUCUUUUUCUUCUGGGGGCUUUUGGCGGAGCCGAGCGCUGGGGGGCCCCGGGGGGGACCCUCUUGGCCGCAGGAGCAGCCACGGGUGUUUCUUGCUGAGUGUGGUGUUCACUGUGAUGUUUUUGGGUAACUCGUCUCCUUGCCUUUCUUCUGGGUGCCUCGGGAGCCGUUCCCGAGUUUGGGGGGAAACACCAGGAAGCACAAAAACCCCGAGAGCCCCCGGCCCUCAACCGAGCCCCCGGGCUGCCGGCGCGUCUCUGCGGGGUCCCGCUGAGGAGCAGAGCACCCCUGGGCGCCCCUCGCCCCUGGGGAUGGGCUUGCUGGGGAUUUUGGGGUGUGGGGAGGGGGCGAUGCGCUUCGGAGCACCUCCAGCCCCCCGAGCCGGGUCACCGGGCAGAGCCAGCCGGGUCCUGCGGCGUUUGGGGGUGAGGGAGACGCGGAGUGAGGCUUUCCCGGGCCGUGCUCCCCAAAUCCUCCGCUCCUGCCAGAGGAACUGCGG